UAGCGGAAGUGGAAGUCGAUCAGUUCUGCUGGAACUUCCGCUCUCAGUUUGGACUAAACAUACUAGCUAGUUUGCUAACAAAUCUAAUUGUCCUUAGCAAAAAAUUGGCUUACUAAUAUGCAUACAUCAGGCAAAUCAUAGUGUCGGACAGCUCAACAAAAAGGCCACAGCUUCACAUCAUAGCCAUGACGACCACGAUAGUCCAUGACACCACAGAGGCCGUGAAGCUGUGCCCGGCACACGGCCUCUACCUGAAGCCCAUCGCCAAGAUGAUGGUGAGCGUGGCACUGCCGCAGCUGAAGCAGCCUGGCAAGUCCAUAUCCAACUGGGAGGUGAUGGAGCGGAUAAAGUCCAUGGUGCAUCCAGAGCAGUUCUCCACCCUCCGCAUCUCCAAGAGUACCAUGGAGUUUAUCCGCUUUGAGGGUGAGGUGGAGAACCGGGGCAUGGUCAAGGCAUUCUUGUCCAAGCUAGACGGUAAGAGCAUCAAGCUGAGUGGCUUCACGGACAUCCUGAAGGUGCGGGCAGCUGAAAACAAGAUGGACUUUCCCACCCGCUAUGACUGGGACUCCUUCUUCCGCGAUGCCAAGGACAUGAAUGAGACGUUGCCUGGGGAGCGGCCCGACACCAUCCACCUCGAAGGUUUGCCCUGCAAGUGGUUUGCCCAGAAGGACGCUUCGCCCGAGCGGCCCUCCGAGGCUGUCCUCAAGACGGUGUUUGAGGGCUUCGGAAGCAUCCGGAAAGUUGACAUCCCCAUGCUGGACCCCUACCGCGAGGAGAUGAUGGACAAGAACUUCCACACUUUCACCUUCGGGGGCCACCUGAACUUCGAAGCCUACGUGCAGUACCAGGAGUACGCAGGCUUUGUGAAGGCCAUGGACACACUCAGGGGCAUGAAGCUGAUGUACAAGGCUGAGGACAGCAAGGCCGUGGCCUGCAACAUUAAGGUGGCGUUCGACACCACCAAGCACCUGAGCGACUGGGCCGUGAAAAAGAGGCAGAUGGAGAGGCAGAAGCUGCAGGAGCUGGAACGGCAGAGGGAGGAGCAGAAACGCCGGGAGAAGGAGGAAGAGGAGCGACGCAGAGAGGAAGAGAGGAAACAGAGGGAGCUGGAGGAGGAGGAGAAGGAGAGGAGGAGGGAGGAGAAGCUGAGGAAGAGAGAGCAGAAGAUAAGGGAGAGGGAGGAGAAGAGGACACAGAGGAAGGUGAAGAAGCAGCAGGCAGAGGAACAGAAGAAACUACACCUGAAGAUCGCCAUGGAGGAGAGGAAGCUUCUGCUGGCCCAGCGCAACCUGGAGUCCAUCCGCCUCAUCGCCGAGCUGCUGGGCAGGGCCAAGGCCCUGAAGCAGCAACAGCAUGAGAGGGAACAAGCAGAGCUGGCUCUGCAGCAGAAGGCGGAGCUUGCCAGGCUGCAGGAGGUGGAGGAGAGGCGGAGACUGCAGGAGGCGGAGCUCCGGCGGGUGGAGGACGAGAAGGCGAGGGCUCUGGAACUGCAGCGCAAGGAGAGGGAGCUUCGCGACAGGCUCCUGGGGAACCUCCUGAAGAAGAGCACUGUCUCCGAAGGGCCGGAGGUGGUGCUGGGGCUUGUGGGAAACCCCGCCCUCGGCGUGACCUUUGGGUCAGCGGACUGCCAGACCAAUGGCACGCAGGGGCCGCAGGUGAACGGCCUGCCGCGCGCAGCCAGGCUGAGCCAGCACGCCCUCACCGGCGGCGACAUUGGCCGCGCUCACUCCGGGGGGCGAAGCAGCUCUCAGAAGGGUUUCCGUGACGACGGCAGCUGGGAGGGGAGGGUUGGGGGGGCCCACAGCAAAGAGCGCAGUCACGGGAGGGGGGAGCGUGGCAGCCGAGCCGGGAGAGAACGCAGCUGGAAACGCAGUCGGGAUCGCAGCAGAGAUCGAAGAGAUCGCAGUCGAGAGCGCAGUUGGGAGCGCAGCCGAGGCAGAGGGGAGCGCAGCUGGGAGUGCAGCCGAGGCAGAGGACAGCGCAGCCGGGAGCGCAGUCGAGGCAGAAGGGAGCACAGUCGGGGCAGAAGGGAGCGCAGUCGGGAGCGCAAUCGGGAGCACAGUCCGGGCAGAAGGGAGCGCAGUCGGGGCAGUCGGGAGCACAGUCGGGGCAGUCGGGGCAGCCGGGAGCGCAGUCGGGAGCGCAGUCGGGGCAGCCGGGAGCGCAGUCGGGAGCGCAGUCGGGACAGCCGGGAGCGCAGUCGGGGCAGCCGGGAGCGCAGAGGCAGAGGCAGGGGCAGGGGCAGGAGCUGGUCACGGUCCUCCAGCAGUGACCGGUACAGCCGGAGGAGAGGGUCCAGUCGGGACAGGAGCCACAGGUACCACCGCAGCCGCAGCUGCAGCCGGGACAGGCAGCGGGCCGGCCGCGACCGCCGGCACUACAGUUAACCACAACCAAGCAAACAGCCCCCGAGCCGGACUCUACCGUAGUGUUCCAGUGACCCUCCCCAUUCCCAUAAGGCCCUCUGUGCUGCCUGUGCUACCUGUACUGGUCUACUCUGUGUGCAGUAUGUCUGUUGGCCAGGCUCUGAGUGGGCCCAUAGUGAAGGACAGGUAAUCAGUGGCAGAUCUCUUCGCUUCUCAUCCCAUGCUAAAAAAUGACAGGAAACACAGAUGACAGUGUUGUUUACCAUCUCUGCUUGCUUUUUUUUGUCUUAUUAUUAAAAUAUUAGACCCAAAAUAUUUGGUUUCUCCAUUUUUCAACAAGUUCCAUCUCACAAGCUGUGAGUUUUUUGCUGUUAUAUUUAGGCCAUAAUAACUGCUUAGGACACCUUUGUUUUUUUUUUUAAAGUGGGACAGAAAUAUCCAUAUGGCCUGGAGAGGAAUCCUAAACCAGCAGCAGUAGAUAUUUUAUUUUAAUUGUACAAUAUACAUACACGCACACUAUAAAUAGGUGGUACAAUGCAGGAAAAGUACUGUAUAUUUUAACAUUGAUGAUUGAAUCUGUGGAGGAAAUUUGAAGUGUCUGGGCCUUAAGUGGCAUAAUUAGGUAAUAUGUAAUAGACUUGGCAUAAAAACAAAAGCUGUUAGGGCUUGCUCUUGCACAUUGUGCUUGAUGAUAUCCGUUAAAUGUGUAAGAUUGCCAAAAUUUUGUUUCAGUGGUGAAGAAGACAUUCUUAAACGAUCUAAUUAUUUGAGGAACCCACAGUGACUUAAUUUAAUGUGUGUAAAACCUGUUUUUUUUCUAAAGGGAGACUUUAGAAGUGAAAGGGAAUUAGUGUUAAAUUCUCUCAUGUUUGGAGCUCUCAAUAAAAGCCUUAACAGAGACAUGGUCUGUUGAAGUAUUUCCCAAAUAAUGAGCAUGCUACCAAGUAUUUCCACCUUUACAAGUUUUGGUUUUAGUGUUGUUUUAAUUUUUUAUUACCAAAAUGCUGCUCAGCACGUAUUUGAAUAAAGUUUGAGUUGUUUGAUUUCA